AUGAAUUUACUCUGCAAAUCCAUCGAAACCCUCACUCUCAGUCUCAAUUCCCCACCUCCUCCUCUUUCCCCUCGUUCUCACCAGCUUCCUUUCAAAUUCACCACCACCACCACUUUCCGCCAAUGUCGCCGCUCAGUUACACCCUCUUCCGCCUCCGACCACCCAGCUUCCCCCGCUUCCAUGUCCGAAAUCGACAUGGUCCAGACAAAGGAAGGAGUCUUCGCCGCCAAACCUAAAAAAGUCGUAAUCUUGUGGGACCUCGACAACAAGCCCCCGCGAGGCCCUCCUUACGAUGCGGCCAUGGCUCUCAAAAACAUUGCCAAUCAUUUCGGUGAACUCGUUGACGUCUCCGCCUACGCUAACCGCCACGCCUUCAUCCACCUCCCACACUGGGUCGUCGAGCAACGCCGUGAUCAACGCCGUCUCGACAUCCUUGAGCGUAAGGGCGUCGCUACCCCUUCCGAACCCUAUCUCUGCGGCGUCUGCGGCCGCAAAUGUAAAACAAAUCUAGACCUAAAGAAACACUUCAAACAAUUACACAUGAGAGAAAGAGAAAAGAAGAUGAACAGAAUGAAAUCCUUGAAGGGAAAGAAACGACAGCGGUUCAAGGAGAGGUUUAUCACCGGAAAUCACAAGUACACGGAGGCUGCUAGAACCCUAGUUACGCCCAAAACUGGGUAUGGAUUGGCAGCGGAGCUUAGAAGGGCGGGGGUUUUUGUGAAGACGGUGGAGGAUAAGCCUCAGGCGGCGGAUUGGGCAUUGAAGAGACAAAUGCAACAUUCCAUGAGUCGAGGAAUUGACUGGUUAGUGUUGGUUUCCGAUGAUUCUGAUUUCUCUGAGAUGUUAAGAAGAGCUAAAGCUUCAAAUUUGGGGACGGUGGUUGUUGGUGAUUGGGACAGAGCAUUGGGGAGGCAAGCGGAUUUGUGGGUUCCAUGGAAUAGGGUCGAGAAUGGGGAGAUUACAGAAGAGGAUUUGGUUCUAAGAACCAGAAGUGAUGAAUUUUUGGAUGAUGUCGACAAUGGUGUGUUUGUUUCCAGUUUUGAUGGGGAUAUGGAUGAAAAUAUCGGACCUUUAGAUGGUAUUUUAGAUGAAUUAGUGGCAAAAAGGAGUGGAUUCAAUCAGUCAAAGAUUUCAGCUUUUUCUGAAGGAGAAGAUGAAGAUGAAGAUGAAGAAGAUGAUUACUUAUCAGAUAGUGAUGAUGAAGCUGAAUAUUGGUACACCUGA